CUAACCUCAAAAAAAAAAAAAACAGAGCUCACUCCAAUGGAAGAUCCUCUUCAGAGAUUCCAGUUUCAGUCGUCGUCGUCGUCGGACAUGAAAGAAAAGAACUCGAAGAAGAUGAAGCUUGGAAACGACGGCAAACAUCCGACAUAUCGCGGCGUCCGAAUGCGGCAAUGGGGAAAAUGGGUAUCAGAAAUCAGAGAACCCAAGAAGAAAUCCAGAAUUUGGUUGGGGACAUUUUCCACUCCAGAAAUGGCCGCCAGAGCUCACGACGUCGCCGCCAGAACCAUCAAAGGUCACUCCGCUUACCUCAACUUCCCGGAGUUGGCUCACCGCUUCCCUCGUCCCGCUAGCUCCUCCGCUAAGGACAUUCGAGCCGCCGCCGCCAAAGCCGCGACGUUUCCUAUUAAUUCCACUGAUGAAGACGACGACGACGAUGCCGCCUCUCAAUCCGACCGCAAUUGCUCUCCCUCCUCUGUCGCCGCCGCCGCCGCCGCCGCCGCGAAAUCUCCCGGAGAAAUCGAUGAUCCGUUCUUCGAUCUUCCCGAUCUGUUUCUUCAUCCCAAUCACCAAAUUGGUACAUUCUGUCUCUCCCAAAUGCUUCCGAUUGACGGCUUCGACUCUGCUUUCGGCCGCCCGCCGUCGCCGUCGGAAUAUUUCGCCGCCACUCCUCCUUGAUCGUAGAAGGCUGCAGAUUUUGAAUUUUUUUCUUUUUUUUUUUUAAUUUCUAAUACCAAAUCAGGAA